CCCCUCAAUACCGCCCAAACAAUCAGAAUCAUCAUGACUGUCUCAGAAUUGCCAGCCAAAGAUUGGCGCAUUAUCGUCGCUGAAAGACGUAAAGACCUCGACUCUAAGAUACCUUCCGAGUGGCGGCUUAAGGAGGACUUUGUUUCUUCGCUUCCUCGUCCUACCCAUCUCUUGGCCUCCAAUGCUGUCGAAAAGAGUGGCAUCCUUACGGAUGCCGAGCUAGAUAUUACUGGCAGCUAUGAUGCUUCCCAGUUGCUUAAAAAGCUUGCCUCCGGCGAACUAAGUUCCGUGGCCGUCACGACGGCGUUCUGCAAGCGGGCGGCUGUUGCACAACAAUUGACGUCAUGCUUGACAGAGCAUUUCUUCGAUUUCGCUCUAGAGCGUGCCCAGUAUCUUGACGACUAUCUCAAGCGGGAGGGGAAAGUCCUUGGACCGCUGCAUGGCCUUCCGAUCAGUCUGAAAGAUAGUUACCAUGUGAAAGGAUACCAUACUACCAUUGGAUAUGUGUCAUUUCUCGAGCAUGGCCGCGCAACUACAAACUCGGCAGUAGUAGAUAUGCUACUGGACCUGGGCGCGGUGCUGUACGUGAAGACAAAUGUCCCUCAAACGAUGCUGACCGCCGACUCAGACAACAACAUCUACGGACGUACCCUCAACCCUCACAACACAGACCUCACGGCUGGUGGUUCCACCGGCGGCGAAGGUGCUCUUCUAGCCCUCCGUGGCUCCCUCAUCGGCGUCGGCACCGACGUCGCAGGCUCGAUCCGCAUCCCUGCGCUCUGCUGCGGCAUCUACGGCUUCAAGCCAACGACAGCCCGGAUUCCCUACGGCGGCCAAGUCAGCUUCCUCUACGAAGGACCCCCGUCAGUUGAGCCCUGCGCCGGUCCCAUGACCGCGACAUUUGAGGAUCUCGAGCUUUUCAUGUCCACCAUCCUCGACGCCGAACCCUGGCGCUACGACGUGACGACCCUCGCAGCACCCUGGUCCCGCAACCCCCAACUAACGGAACCUCUAACGAUCGGUAUCCUCGCCGCGGAUGAGAAAUACCCCCUUCACCCACCCAUUAAACGAGCCCUACAAUCUGCCAUCGAGACCCUGUCCCGAAAGGGCCACCGCAUCAUCUAUCUCGAAAACGACACCAACAAAGACCUCGACAUUGCCUAUGCCAACCGCCUCUUCUGGCAAUACGGCACUUAUUCACCACACCACGACCACGUCACUCCCAGCGGUGAGCCACUAGUUACCUCUGUCGCUAAGGGGCCCUCGCCGAUGGUUACAGGAGACUUCCCCGUCUCCAAGGAGCUAGGCAUCUUCGAGGAGAUUCAUGAAUUACAUCACAAGAGACAAGACUACCGUGACGCGUGGCGCAAAGUGUGGGUUGAGACCGGCAUAGAUGUGAUUCUUGGUCCAGGGGCACAGAACACCGCUGUCCCGCAUGAUACGUAUGCGUGGCCGCCCUACACGGUCGUUUGGAACCUACUUGACUACCCAGCAUGCAUCAUUCCCUACGGACAGGCUUCAAAGGAACUCGAUCCCGAGCCCAUGGCUAUCAACGAUGGCAUGCAGCCUAGUUAUAACCCGGACGAAGUCGACGGCGCUCCCUGCGCAUUGCAAAUCAUCACGUCCCGAUUCCAGGAUGAGAAAUGUCUCGCUGCUGCGAGGAUCAUUGAUCGGGAUAUUCGCGAGUAG